CUCGUCUACCGCACUUCGGGCUGCGGUAUUUCAACUGGGAAUCGAAUCAUCUCAAUCUUGCAGUCCAAAUCAUUUCGAGCAUAUUUCAGGUUAUGGGGUUGGGGGAUGCCCUGAAGAAAUGGAAGGCUGGCCACUUGAGUGCAUACACAGUAUUCAUGAUGAUAGCUAUUGGAGUGGUCGGUGUUGGGAUGAUGUCGUCGACGACUGCUGUGGGCAUCAAUUGGAUCAGAAUUCUUGCAGCUAAUCUGGCACGAGCAACAUCCACAGUAGCAGUUGUUCUUCUCCUCAUAGCUCUGUCGGAGCCCAUUGGCUACGGAUGGGGGAUUGGCUUCAGCACCUUCAUUGCAAUCUGCAUGAUCAUCAUUUGGGUAUGGGGUGACCCUUUGGUCUUUGAUACACUGGGAGGUUGGGCUGGCAGGAUCAAGACCUGGUGCGGUGCAAGGUGGGGGAGCCUGAAGCUGGGAGUGAGCGCGAGCUGGGAUAGCACAAAGCAGAAGAGCCAGCAGAAAGUGAACGCAGCAUUGGACAGCAUCAAGCAGAGAAUGAAUGCAGUUCCGCCUCAUCAGCAGCCGCCGCGAGCACAGCCAUAAGCGGUCGGUGCUUGAUUCUGUAGGAAGUAGUAGUAGCAGUAGAAAGCAAUAGUAACCAAGUGUUUAGAUGCUCUGGAGUCGGUCUGGAGGGUGCUGAGGUGCAAGCACGCUGACUGAAUACUGCGUCCGGGAUGAUAUGGUUGGCUGAGUACGUGAUGUUUUGGAACGUGCUCCCUUGGUUCUCUGCUCCCCGUUUGUCUUGUGUUCGUGUGGUUCUGACUUCUGAUGUUCUGUCCUGUUUUCGUCGUGUC